AUACAUGUACCUCCCAUAUAUUUAUUAUUCAGUUCGUGCCAUACCUCAGCAUUUCCAUCUCGUUUAAGUUCCCGGCUUCAGCUGUUCUAGGCAAACAGGCCUAUCAGUCUAUAAAACGUUUCUUACAAGUACUGAUUAUGUGGCCUAGUUAACCCGAGGGCGCCCGUAAAAGUAUAAACAGGCAUGUCCGCAGAUUUUAUUCGAAUUAUCUGACAUGUAGGGCAUUUGUUCACACCUCCAUCUUGUGAUUUCUAGGCACUUUUAAUUUAAUGCGGCAAUCUCCUCAACCGAGCAGCGUUGCAGAUCCCUGACAAAACGCAGCAAAGUCGAAAGAAGCGGUGCUAGGAUGGCUGGCCUGCUGCAGUACUUUUGGGCAGAGGCAAGGCAGCACAAGGAAACCAUAGUGAUAUUUAGUAGGUAUCCUGUGCCAGGCAAAGCCAAGACAAGACUCAUCCCACUUCUGGGUGAUGCUGGAGCCGCACUAGCCCAGAGGUUCAUGACAGAGCAUAUUCUAGAUGUUGUCCAUAGGUUCCAGUGUCAGCACCAGUCAGUCAGGGUGGAAAUACAAUACUAUGGUGGCACAGAUAGUGAGAUGAGGUACUGGAUGGACAGAAGAGUGGAGAAAAAGUUGUCAUGGAAACCACAGAGAGGAGACACCCUGGGGGACAAGAUAAAGAAUGCUUUUGAAGAUCACUUUGCUCAAGGAGAGGAGAGAGUGCUAGUAGUAGGUAGUGAUAUUCCAGGAAUCAGUGUAGAAAUCUUGGAGGAAGCUCUGGACAUGCUGCGGUCAGAGGCUAGUCAGAUGGUCUUAGGAAAGGCCCUGGAUGGGGGAUACUACUUAGUUGGACUGCAAAGAAAAACCCAGGGGCAGCUGGAUGAAUUGUUUGCUGGUAUGGACUGGGGCACAGACAAAGUGUUUCGCCAGCAGUGUCAGGCAGCAGACAGGGCAGGGAUAACAACCAAUGUCCUGACUGCACAACUACAAGAUGUGGAUUUGCCAGAAGAUAUCAAAGAGUUUGAGAAGGUUAUUGGUGUAUCCAGUGACUCACUAAGAACACCCAAACUCUCAGUGGUUAUUCCUACACUGAAUGAGGCAAGGACUAUUGGAUCUUGCAUACAGAGAUUGUUAGAGCAAUGCUCGGAUACUAACAUGCUUGGCGAGAUAAUAAUUGCAGACGGUGGGAGCAAAGAUGACACACUGACAUUAAUAGAGCAACUGCAAGAUGGGACAAAUGUUCCAAUAAUUGCUAUCAACUGUGACAAAGGUCGAGGGGUGCAGCUAAAUGCAGGAGCCAAGGCCGCGACAGGCGACAUCGUACUGUUCCUCCAUGCAGACACCAAACUCCCAGAUGACUUUCAUGUUUCGAUCCUCUCCUGUCUGAACACACCUGGUAAUGUGGCUGGGGCUUUCCCAUUUGAUGUCUACUUUUCUGACGGCUUUGAGCCCUCUUUCCUUUUUGGUAUACAGAUGGAUAUUGUAAAAUGGGGUGCUAGGCAGAGAAACAUAAAAAUGGAACUACCGUAUGGAGACCAGGGAAUUUUCUUAAGAAGACAAAUUCUUGAGAAGAUUGGUGGGGUACCUGAAACCCUUUUGUUUGAGGACUUUAUCUUGGUGGAGAAGUUAAAACAGAUUGGCCAUGUAGCUAUAACUGACAGUGAGCCAGCUCGUACCUCUGCCAGAAGAUGGGAGGAAAAUGGUGUGAUUAAGACAACAGGCAGCAACUACCUGUUUGUAGUUGGUUACAGACUAGGCAUUCAUCCAGACACCCUGGCAGCAUGGUAUUAUGGGAAAUUUAAACCUGUUACACAACCACAUCAAACUUGAUCACUGAUAUAAUAUAUAUAUGAAAGAAUAUAUACUUGAUGGCAGGCGAUAAAUGUUUUCUGAUAUUGUCUUACCAAGACCAAAAGGGACACUUUGACUGUGUUCCCAUAACCUUAUCGUACUAGCAGGAUUGACCUAUCUCAGCAGGGAUUUUUGCUAAGGCGCAGUCAAUGUAACCAGCUUAACUGUCAGGCAUGCCCCCUUGCAAAGCAACAUGAAGUACGUCAUGGACCAUUAAGUUUUCCUGAUUUUAUCCGAGUACUUUAAGUUACAGGUUGUUGUGCCAGACGUUUAAGCCACUUAAACUGAAUGCAAUUUAGUGAGAAUUCCGAGUUAGAUCAAUUCAGCUAGUAUGACAGGGUUAUGGGAAUUGUCUUUCAGGUGCCAAAAAAGUCUUAGUUGGGUGCUACAUUGUGGUCCUGUGAUUUUGUAGGUUGAUUUUCUAUCCAGACUAAUAAACAAGGGAUUGUGGAAUAUGAUAUAGUGAUUGUGAAUCUUGUUACCCAUCUUUCUCUAAUUGUUCUUAUUAAUAUUAUGGAAUGUUUCCCUUUUGUGACUGAAAAUCCAAUGUAAUUAUCAACUAAAGAGAGGCUGUUUCAGAUUAUUUUCCAAUGGACUACAAAAGCUUUAUUGUGGCAUUGCUUAUUUAGGCUAUCAAUAUUGUAUUGAAUACCACAUGAUGUUUUUAAUAAUGUUCGAUAAUAAUGCUUAAAAUCAGUCUGAAAAGUUGUUUUUUUACAGGUAUAUUGAGAUACAUGUAAUCAGUGCCAAACACAUUACUGUUAUGAAAUAUGUAUUAUAAAUUAAGUCUGUAGUACAUUUGUAUUAAGUAAAAUUUGUUGAUUUAUAGUAGAUAUAUUUUUUUUAUUUUAAAUUUAAAUUUGAUGCUAAUUUUUUUUCUGUCUAAUUCAUACUGCUGUGCUUUCAUAAAGACUACACUUUAUGCACUAGUGUUUAUGUACAGAAGAAGAAACUGGAAUAAAUACACGUUGAAACAGUAAUUAGGUACAUUGAUGAAUAUGUACACUGUGUACAUUUUACUGACUAUAUUCUAAAAUGCACAUGCCGGAUUUCAAACCAU